CAUUCUCAGUUGAGGUUGUAGUUAUAAACUAUUACGACUUAUGCUCGUUUAUGCAAACAGCUUGCGACAACACUCAUAGAAAGAUUAUAGCCAGACGCCCUAGAAAUUCGAUUCGGUAUGAAAAUAACUUGUGACUUGAUGAUCCUUGUCCUUGUGGGUUUGAAUUUCAAUUACUUUUGUGCGGUUGGUGCCACGACUGAAGACCUGCAAAUGAAAGUUAACGAACCCUCCAGCUUUCGACCCUCAUCGUCUGAAAUGUGUGACAUGUUGGAAAAGGCAAACCUCGAAAACCGUGGCUUUCGAAAAGAAGUUGUCAGGAAGUCGUUUCUGAAGCCUGGAAGAACAAGAUCGGAUUUUGAGACGGUGUACAAUUAUGAAAAGGUGGUGAACUGCUCUGCUGGAGCCAUUCAAAAAACGGGAGUGGAAUUGAACACAUCUUUACCAGGUGCUUUCGGAAAGGAAAUGUCUCGCUGGGUAACAAAAGAAGUGAAAGGCAAGCAUUUCGACAAGAAUGGAAGGUGUACAAUGGGACUGGAAGUUGAUUUUAGGGGAGGCAAAGCCUGUGAUGUGAGAAGCAAGAGUAAGAAUGUCAAGAAAAGGAUCCGUAGACUGUUUGGCUUCAAUAUCAGGGCAUCUAUAAGACUCAGACUCAAGGGUGUGGUUUUCAGAGUUCCUAGUUAUAACUAUACCAGCAUGGUGGGUUAAUCAUAUUUUCAAACCUUAUUCUAUGGAAUGAUAGCGUGGAUCUCAGCUCGAAAACCAGUGCUUGAUGUUUUUUGUUGCUGAUAUUUUCAUAGUUUGAAUUCCGAUCUUGAGUGACACACGGCAAACAGCUUUCAGCUUUUCAGGCUCGUAAAGUUACCGAAUCUUUCGAGGAACGAGCCCCAGGAUAAAAAAGAAAUCAAGAUAUACACUUAGAGACCAUUCUCUAUUUACUACCGCCGGGAUGGGGGGGAGGGGGGCUGGAGGAUUUUUGCUGUGUCCAAAUGGAAUCUACCUGACCCCCUGAGACUGUGUAGAAUUCUAAAGAUCCCCCUUCUUUUUUGGUCAGUUUCUUCUACCUCCAUUUUAUGCCCUCUUAACGACGACUGAUAUCCCCUCCGACUCCCUGCACACCUGUAACCCCUUCGCCCCCUCAAGCUUGAAUAUAGAUUGAUCCUUUUCCUAAAAGUGUGUUGAGAACUGUAGCUGCAUUCAAAACUGCGCUACUGCACAUUUUUAUACCGUCUUUGAAGUACGCAAGACGGGAAAUUUUCCUGUGACUGUUUCGCUAAGUAGAGCUGAAUGAUUUUGUAACAAUCUGCGCACCCUGAUUAGAGGAGUUUCGGAUGCUCUGUUGAAAGAGGGACCCAAACUUUUUCACUUAAAUUGAAAUUUCUAAUCAAGAAAAUUUAAACUGUUGUUGGUUAUAAUUGUGUGAUAGAACUGUUGGUUAAUUGCAGCAAAUGAGAGGCAAUAAAACGAGGAUCAAAAUGCAGAAAAUUAUCAUGCGUGCUAUCUCGGCUAGAAUUCCUAGUUUUAAUUUUCCACAAAAAAGGGAAAAAGACGCAUAAGUGAUCCUCUUUCUACUAAAUGAGAUAGAGAUUAGGUGAGGGUGAUGAAGCUGCAUAUAAAGUAAAGCCGAAAAGAGAUUUAUCCUAAUGACUUGAGUAUCCUAAAUUGUGUUUAAACCGAUUUACUGUACUCUGAAAAAAAUUUCUGCACGUCAGAUUUCUUUUGCUUGGUGAAGGAUGUUCAAAUGCAGAGCGACAUUUCAUUUCAAAUCAAAAUGAAAAUCAAUUUCCCUAAACACAGCAUUUUAUUGAGCCAAACUACAGGGAACUCAAGUAUCUGCCUUAUCAAAACAGUCUUCCCUACUUUUCAUAGUGUUCAGUAUCCAAAUCGGGCCCUGUACUGAGAUCAAAACAAAGCGCCAUACUGUGGCAAAUCAAGUAAUAUCUUGUAACUAAUCAAUGCGUGGCACAAUGCCUAAUGAAGCGCUGUAAUGAGCUUAAUCAAAUACCUGUACUCUGCUUUACCAAAAUGCUUUGCUGUGUCUAUUUGCAGCAAUCAAAUAGCUCUCCUGUGUUUAAUUAAAGCGUUGCACUGAGCUUGAUUUAAGCGCCUUUCGUGCACUGCGAGAAUCGCCAUG